AGCAAAGUGAAUUAGAAAUAAACUGUUUCACUGAGCAAAAUAAAUCUGUACCCGCCUAUUCUCCAAGGAAAAGUUUACACAUUCAUUGACAAGCCAAAACGUGAAAUCUGCAUGGAUUGAGACAGAAAAACCUGAAUCGCCGCCACUUCCUCCUUAACACAGUCAAUCGUUUUAGUGACAUUUAAUUCGUUUUACUUAGCACAUAACUUGCCAUUAAAUACUCCCAUUACAUUUCCACAAUUCAACUUGUAGACUGACAAACAGUUGCACACAAGUUGGUCCUCAAAACACGUUUUCUAAUAUCUACUGAAAAGCUCUGAUUUAGCGCGGGACGGUCCGUUUCACUUCUAUUUGAUCAGUGUUAAUGGGUGACAUCAACACCGUUUUGAUUACACCUACGAAUGGCAUUGCGAACAAAGGCAAGAGGAAGAUAGAAACAUCAGAAGAUGAUAUAGUGUGGCCUCCCACUGUGAUAGUUGAGAAUACAAGGUUGGCUAAAACUGAGGAUGGGCGAUGGACUGGUAUUGGGAAUAUAGAGAUGGCCCAAAUCCUGCAAGAAAUAGGUCACACAAAUGGAAAACCAAAAUCUGCAUGGGGCAAAGAGGGCCAUAGAGGUCAAGUGGUAGUGCAGUACCAACCUACACUUGAGGGCUUGAAAGAGGCAGAGCGACUGCAUGAACAUUUCAAAAUGAAUGCUCGUGGUCGGGAAGAAUGGAGUAAGGUUCGUCCUUUCUGGCAUGGUUUACCUGGGCAUGAAGGGCUUGAAGAAGGUCCUGACUUUGUCAGGCUUGAUGAGGAAACAAAUGAAAAAAAGAGAGUUUUGUAUGGUUACCUAGCUUGUGUGAGUGACAUGGAUAAGGUGCCAAAGAAGAAGCAAAAAUGCCAUAUGACAGUCAACAAGAGAGAUGUUAAAGAUAUGGCUGCUGCUCAAAUCAAGCCAGAAGCCUCAGUGUCUUUUUGAUGACUUUUGCAAUUUACUAUUGAAUGUUUCAAUGCUAUCCGACAAUAGAUCAAGAUGGAGAGAGUGCUUUCAUCAUCUUUUUUGUACCUACAAUUAAUAUUUUUCUAUUUCAAGAGAUUACACAAUGAAUGUCAUUCAAAAGAAUGUCAAUGA